AUGUAUAUCUUAUUCCGUUCUUUGAUCAUACGUGAAUACAUACGUCAUUUGUCUGGUAUGUUCAAUCCUCAAUGGAAUGAAAAGAAAAACUACCGUCGCCGUCUAUUUCUAAUGGAAUUAGGUUAUGAUCUUGUUCAAUCACAUUUAGACGGACGACGACAGCAACCACAUGCACUUCAACAGAAUGUUCGAAUAGCCAUACAAGCACUUGGACUCACUGGUACUACUUCACAUCCAGUUAUUGUUUCGGCAUCUACUGGCAAGCAACAUUGUCAUCUUUGUCCAAGAGAACGUGAUCGAAAGGUUCAUACUCAUGGUUCAAGUUGUAAUGCUCCUUGUUGUCCAGUUCAUCAUACAGUUAUUUGUACUAUGUGUAACGAAACACUAUCAGGAUAA